AGUACGGGCAUGCGCACACUGUUGUUGUAGCUGCAGCUGUCGGUUUGUGUCUGACAGCGUGAGAAAUGGUGAGGCUCUCAGAUGGAGGCGGCUGUGUGUGAGGAGGUGCGGGGAGGUCGUGAGGAUGAUGAGGAGGCAGGGGCCGAUGAAGCCAUGCUGUGGUCCGUCCAGGAGGCUCUGGAGAUGCAGACCCUGCAGAUCGGAGCGUCCGCCUGCGGGGCCACGGCUGUGGUGGACGUGCUGAAGGCGCUCGGAGUAGACGUGACCCCGGAGGAAGCUGACCGCUGCGUCCAAACCCGUUUGCGGAGGAACGAGUCACCGUUGCCGGACUACCUGCUGUCCCGCAGUGAAGCUGGUGCGACUCACAUCCAGCUCAUCCAGGGAGCGCAGGAGGCCAGCGGAGGCCAGGUGACGGGCCGAUUCUUCCACCUCCACCCUCGCAGGCGAGUCAGACUGGUCCCCUGGCUCGCCCGCUGGAUCCGAAAAGGCGCUGUUCCCGUGGCGACCAUGAACAUGCAGCUGGCUGUACCCGAGGGUGAGGAGGUGCCCGACGCCUGGCACCACCAGCUCAUAUUCGGAGUCACAUCCAACGCUGUCUUUAUGACCAAUCCUUUAGAUGUAGUAAGCGAGGGAGAGGUGCACCAGCGACUCUGCAGUGAAUCCAUGUUGCUGAUUCGUCGAGAAGACGUGCUGCAGCGACUGACGCCCGACUGCUCCCUGUCGGGCCUCUCGGAGAGCCAGUCCGACCCACGGUGGAAGGCCCUGGAUGUCGAGGGUCAGGUGAGGCAGAUGGCCACGGAGGAGGAAGGAGAAGAAGAAGAAGAAGAAAAUAAUCAGCCCAAGAUGACUCACAUCAGGAUCCCUGCAGCAUACAGCUCAGGCGUCACAUUGUUUGCCAUAAGAGAGUCAGAAUUGGGACAAGAACUCCUCGAUGCUCCUGAACUCCCUCUGUUGUGACCGCACUGCCACAUGUGGAUGGACUUAAAGCUUGAAGAUCUAUUUAUACUAUCAAUAACACUUUGUAUUGAUCCAAAUGUUUAAGAUCAGCAGAUUUAAAUCAAAGCUCAAAGUGAACUCUGACUUUCUGUCCAUUUUUCUGUGGCAACAUUGAUUAGAAAUCACAUUUUAAGAGAUGUACAUGUUUGUAUCUUUGUUUUAAAGACAACAUCAUUAAAAGCCCCCACCCUACUCUCA